AUCCAUCACAGUGGACUGAUACGAUACCCACGACUAACAAGGACUUCUUACGCAAUAGAUUGUGUGGGUCACGCUGCCUCCCCCGGAUCUUUUUUUCCAAGUUGUCUUGAAUUCUGAUCCGAGUGCCUUAAAAAGCCUCGACGUCUAUUCCUUCGUCGUCGACCUCCAACACCCAUUCAUAUCCAAAGAUUUACACCCAAAGGCUCAAGAUGACAACCAACCAUUUGGACGUGUCCGAAGUCGAUAGCUAUGACUAUCUCAUUGUGGGCGGUGGCACAGCUGUAAGUGCUUUGAAGCAAUGGAAUGAAGAGUGUGCUGAAUGGGUCUCCCACCUAACAGGGCUGUGUGAUUGCAUCCCGCCUGGCUGAAUACCUCCCUCAGAAAAAGAUCCUGUUGAUAGAGGCCGGUCCCAGUGACUUUAUGGAUGACCGCGUCUUGGAUCUCAAACAAUGGCUCAGCCUUCUCGGUGGAGAACUCGACUAUGACUAUGGCACAACCGAGCAACCGAUGGGUAAUUCCCACAUCAGACAUUCUCGUGCCAAAGUCCUGGGCGGUUGCUCCAGCCACAACACGCUCAUCUCUUUCCGGCCGUUUGAGUAUGACUGCAAGAUCUGGGAGUCCAUGGGCGCCAAAGGCUGGACCUUUCCCAUGUUCAUGCGCGUGCUGAACAAGCUUCGAAACACCGUCCAACCCGUUCAUGCACGCCAUCGGAAUCAGUUGUGCAAAGACUGGGUCCAAUCGUGCAGCACCGCCAUGAACAUCCCCAUCGUCCACGAUUUCAACGCACACAUUGCGGGCACGGGCGCCUUGAGAGAGUGUGUGGGCUUUUUCUCCGUCAGCUACAAUCCCGAUGACGGCCGGAGAUCCAGUGCCAGUGUGGCCUAUAUCCACCCGAUCCUCCGGGGCGAGGAGCACAGGCCCAAUCUCAAGAUCCUGACCAAUGCCUGGGUCUCCAAGAUCAAUGUCCGCGACGACACAGUGACAGGCGUCAAUAUCACACUCCAAUCAGGCCAGAAGCUAACCCUCACCGCGCGGACUGAGACCAUCCUCUGCGCCGGCGCCGUCGACACCCCGCGCCUCAUGCUCCUUUCCGGCCUGGGCCCGGCUCAGGAAUUGUCCUCUCUCUCCAUCCCUGUGGUGAAGAACAUCCCUGGUGUGGGUGAAAACCUCCUCGACCAUCCGGAGACGAUCAUCAUCUGGGAGCUCAACCGGCCGGUUCCGCCGAACCAGACAACCAUGGACUCGGACGCCGGCAUCUUCCUCCGCCGCGAAGCUCCCGACGCGGCAGGGACGAAAGCCACGCCGACCAACCCAGCGGCGAUCCCGGAUGGGAACAUCGCCGACGUGAUGAUGCACUGCUACCAGAUCCCGUUCUGCCUGAACACGACGAGGCUGGGAUACGACACUCCGGUCGACGCCUUCUGCAUGACCCCCAACAUUCCCCGGCCUCGCUCGCGGGGCAAGCUGUACCUCACCUCGUCCGACCCGAGCGUCAAGCCGGCGCUGGAUUUCCGCUACUUCACCGACCCGGAGGGCUACGACGCCGCGACCUUCGUCUUUGGCCUCCGCGCCGCGCGCAAGAUCGCCCAGCAGUCCCCGUUUAAGGAGUGGAUCAAGCGCGAGGUGGCCCCCGGCCCGCAAAUCCAGUCCGACGAAGCGCUGUCCGAGUAUGCCCGGAAGGUCGCCCACACGGUCUACCACCCGGCGGGCACCACCAAGAUGGGAGACGUGCGCCAGGACGACAUGGCCGUGGUAGACGAGAACUUGAAGGUGAGGGGCCUCAAGGGGCUGAGGAUCGCCGACGCGGGCGUCUUCCCGGCCAUGACCACCAUCAAUCCUAUGUUGACGGUGCUGGGCGUCGGGGAGCGGUGCGCCGAACUGGUCGCCAUCGAGGCAGGCUGGAGACUGACCGAGGUGGAAAUGAGCGGCCGCGGGUGGGCCAACGACACGGGUCUCAGGGCCAGACUGUAAACUCGGGGACGACAUUGAGGGGGGUGGGUGGCAGGGGGUCAUGGUGCGUUGAUGGACCUAAGCGUGUCCUCCCGCGUGAAAGUCGACGGGGAGAGCGGUGCAAUGACAUGGUAUGAAAAGGGUGUGAUCCUUUACGGCGGUGGGAUAUUGAUGCAUGGAUGCUCCUCUACAUAUCUACCUACCUACCGCUGCGCUGCUGACAACCUGGGCGACCAAUUACUCGCUAGCUAGCGGUACGACCAUAAUGAGCAAAUGACGAUGAAAAACACGAGAAAAGACUGCACGAACAUAACAACCGGAGCAAGACUCACCCGCACCACUCCCUGUACACGGUGCGUCGAGUCGAGUCGAGUCAAGUCGAGAACACACCAGACAGACCGGGAGGGCUUCAGGAGGCUAGCCUCGCAUGGCGGUACUUUGACGGUGGAGACGCAUUCCAUACGACGGACCAGGCAGGGCUGCAGGGAGGAUAUGAGACUGGAUUGAUUCGAGUCGUGCCUGGGGCUUGGACCUGGGCUUGGGGACUGGUCGGCUACCUAGGUACUAUAUACUGGUAUCUCGUGACGUCUGUUUCGCUGUAUCGGUGAAGCAGGAGCCACGAGAAGGGACGAGGUGCAGCGGACAAAGUUACUUACCCGUCAUGCUCGAGGCGGAAACAGAGGUAACAGGUACAUAAGCAGGACGCAAAGGAGGGGAGUCCAGGGCGUUGAGGAAAUCCAAGGCGCAAAAAUUCAUCAGUGAUUGGAUUUGCAUCUACAUGCCUGCAGCGUCGAGAUCGAAAUCAAAAGCAAUCGUCAGACAUCAAUCUCGGGGUGCUGUGCUGUGCUGUGCUCUGCCCUUCCCUGCUGCGCUGCGCUCCUUUGCCUUGUACCACUUGCCACGGU